AUGGCCACCGAGCAGCUGGCUGCCUGGGCCCAGGCCCUGCGCUUCCACGACCUGCCGCCCCAGGUCGUUGAGGCUGCUGUGCGAAGCUUUUACAAUUGGGCUGGGUGCGCCAUUGGCGGCGCCCAGCACGCCGCAGCAGUCAUUGCUCGCAACUCGCUCUCGCCCUUCGCUGGCGCCCCGACCUCAUCCGUCCUUGGCUGCCAAGAGCCGACCGAUGCCCAGUCAGCCGCCCUCUUCAACGGCAUCAGCAGCCACGUGCAUGAUUACGAUGAUACUCACCUCGAUACCAUCAUACACCCGUCCGGUCCUGUAGCGUCAGCUCUGCUGGCCGCCGCCGAGUGGAAGGCGCCUGUAGACGGCCGCGACUUCAUUCUGGCCCUUGUCGCCGGUAUCGAAGCUGAGUGUAAAGCCGGGCUCGCCGUGUGGCCGGACCACUACAAUAUCGGCUGGCACAUCACGAGUACGGCGGGUUCGAUCGGCGCCGCCGUGGCCGUCGGGAAGCUGCUGGGCCUCAGCGUAGAGCAGAUGCAGUGGGCGAUAGGCAUUGCUGCCACCCAGGUCACCGGCUUGAGGGAGCAGUUUGGCAGCAUGACCAAAUCCUUCCACCCCGGCCGCGCUGCCCAGAACGGACUCGUCGCGGCCGUGCUUGCGUCGAAUGGAUACGACAGCUCGCUGCAGUCGUUGGAGGCUAAGCGCGGCUGGGCUAACGUAGUGAGCGCCACCAACGAUGUCGAUGCACUGAUGCAGGGCUUGGGAAGGACAUGGGAGAUCGAAAAGAACUCGUUCAAGCCGUUUCCCUGUGGCAUCGUUAUCCAUCCCAUCAUUGACGGCUGCAUCCAAGUUAGGCAAAUGUUUGCCACCGGUCAGCACGAGAAAGACGCUGCGGCGGAUGUCUCCGCCAUUCAGAAGGUCGAAGUCUCGGUCCAUGCCCUCGUUUUAGAGCUGACUGGCAAGCACUCGCCGAAAACUGGUCUAGAAGGCAAAUUCAGCGUCUUUCACGGCGCUGCUGUAGGGCUCCUCUACGGAAAAGCAACCCCGGCUCAGUACGAGGAUGCUGUCGUGCAGGACCCAGUUGUAGUACAGCUGCGGAAAAAGGUCCACGCUACGAUUGACGAUGCUCUCCGUCCUGAUGAAGCUCAUGUGAAGGUUGUAUUCAACGACGGCUCGGUGCAGGAGAAGCAUAUUGGACACGCCGUCGGAAGUCUACAGCUGCCAAUGACGGAUAUACAGCUUGAGGAAAAGUUCCUCGACCAAUGUAAUCCAGUCCUUGGAGAUAAAAAGGCCAAGGAAGCUUCACAGGCCUUAUGGGGUCUACGUGAGGUAGGGAACAUUGCAGAUCUUACAUCCUUGCUGAGGUAG